UCGAAUCGGACAGGAUGUCUUCAGUUGGAUCCCUCCUCGACUGUCUCUUUGCGCUGUGAUUCUCUUUUAUUUUCAGAUUACUAUUCUCGAAGCUGAAUCGAGCUCGUUCUCUAAAUCUCAAGCUUUGCAGCAAACACAGUAAAACUAAAACAACACAUGAACUCCUGCAAAACCCUAUUCCGCGCCUCCCUUUCUUCAUCUCCAUUCGUUCAUCUCCCAAACCCUAAUUCAUCAUCCAUCACUCUCGUCUCCUUUCGCGCCUUCUCCGUUCUCCGUCCAAAUCCAUCUACACACAGCUUCGGACCACCUCGUUGCGCUCUUCACGAAGCUGCCUCUCUUCCACUAGAAACGUUCACUGAGACUUCCCCUACAGAUCUCACCGUGAGUGUGAAGGAACUGCUGACAACCAAUCGAAAUGACGCGUCGAGCAUGAUGAAGAUGGAGCGGAGGAGCUCCUUCAGCGGCGAGCGUAGUAGAGGAUCGUGGUUCCCUUACGAGGAUAGGUUCAGGUGCGGUGAUGUGCACCUUAGUAGCCGUGAGGUGUUGGAAGCGGUGAGCCCUCACAUGAUGGAGGAGAGGUCGGAUAGGUUCAGGCGUGUGGUGGAGAAUCGAAGCUUCUCGGUUUGUCUUGUCGUUGAAGGUCUGUCUGAUAUAGGAAACAUCUCUGCUGCGUUUCGCUCGGCGGAUGCGUUGGGGAUUCAGUCCGUGCACGUUGUUGCAUCCGACAGCUACAAAAGGUAUAGGAACAAUCGACAUGUGAGUAUGGGAGCUGAGAAAUGGCUCGACAUUGAGCUUUGGGACACACCUAAAGAUUGUUUCAAAGUCUUGAAGUCUCGCGGUUACAGGAUCGCCACAACUCAUUUGGGAAUGGACACGGUUUCGAUUUACGAUAUGGACUGGUCACAACCAACAGCAAUAGUUGUUGGAAACGAGGGGAGUGGGAUAAGUGAAGAGGCGUUGGAGUUAUCAGAUUUGUAUUGCAGUAUUCCAAUGAACGGAAUGGUUGAUUCGUUCAAUGUCUCAGUGGCCGCGGGGAUUCUGAUGCACCACGCGGUCUGUGACAGAACCGCUCGUCUGGGAAGUCAUGGAGAUCUGUCGGAACAAGAGAAAGAGAUAUUGAUGGCUGAGUUUUCACUUCGCCACAGUAGAAGCUCACUCUUUAUUGCUUCCGAGUUCGCUAAACGUAGACAACAACAACACUCUCCUACCGUCUAGUUUCCCAACACUCUAGUUUUACAUUUCUAUUUCAAAUGUAACAUUGGUUCUGUUUUUACGUCACCGUAACAUUAGUUCUGUUCUUCUACCUCCAUUUUCAUUGAUUGAUAAUAUAUUUUUUUUGUCAGCA